AUGAAUUCCGACCCAUCCUACCCCAUCCUCGCCGAUUUUAUCGACAAAUUCCCUCUACAAGCCGGAUGUAUCUAUUCUACAUACACGGAUCUAGCGUUGUCACAACAAUGGGAAGAGAUCAGGCUGCAUGAACUGGGAGACUCUGGCUGGGGCGUACUGUUCGGUCGCAAGACCACCGAGGACUCGACGAGGAUGGUGCUUCCUCUUCAUUUUCACGCCAACAACCUUACGCCCAAAGCGCUCAAGACGAUAUACAAGCUGCUCAAUCAGUUGUCCGUAGCCGAUCUGCCUCCCAUCCUUCCGUCACCUCACGACGACGGUGACGAGGCUGCCGAGGACGACAAAGAAGAAGACGCCACCCAGGACACUCUGGACACCAAGACCAUCUAUAUUUCGAUCGUCACGCCCGAUUCAUCAGUGGUAUAUUACAAGUUGACUCAAGGCAUCAAGAAGCCAGACGACAUCCCGGACGAGUAAUCUACCAAGGUUACCUGCAAGGCGAUAUCCUGGUGGUUUUCUUGGGAUGGGGCUGUCGUUCUGGAGUGGCUCCGGUCGAGAUAAAGUGGUCAUGCCGUCGCAGUCGGUCGUCAAAGGUCGUCAUCGCCCAUACGAGGCGGUGGUAAGGUCGUCAAUGCGCCAUCGAGACAGCUCCUGAGCUUCU